GUCAAGCGGCCCCAGUUUGUUUUGCGCUUUGUUUGCUGUGGCCCCCAUAUUAUCUGUCGCUGGAAUCCUGACAGCAUGCCUUUUCUUUAGCUUUCAUUUAUCCCUCUCUCUUUUUGAGCAAACUCAAUCGUUUUACAUCUCGCGACAGUCUUUCUGAAGGAGGGGAAUAAGCAACCAAAACGACAUAACCUUUCAACCACAGCGACAUUUUUGCCUGGAACUUGAACUCGGGUUGUAAAUUUUGAUAGUACGGACCACGUUGGGCGAGAUUUCGUCCAACAGCACGGCGGCCCGCGGCGAUGAGUCUGGUGUCGCGGGUGACAAAUCUGUUCGGGAAGACGACAGCAGACUCAUCGACCCAGACGAGUUCAUCCUCACCUUCUUCCGUUCCACCGUCCGGCAGUGGUGCGCUCGGUUAUGACUUGCUAGCGCCCGCGGGCGAUUCGCAUGUCCGGUAUGAUGCGGUGCAGUUUGAAGAUUCCAGAAGGGCGAAGAGGUUGAGGACGGAAGAACGGAGAGAGGAGUAUGAGGAGAAUGAGCAGGAAUACAGACCACCUUACUUGCAUUCGAUGCUCGCUGGUGGGAUAGGAGGAACCAGUGGUGACAUGUUGAUGCACUCGCUAGAUACUGUCAAGACGAGACAGCAAGGCGACCCUCAUGUUCCCCCCAAGUACACAUCCAUGUCUUCAUCGUACACUACGAUAUUUCGGCAGGAGGGCGUUCGGCGAGGAUUGUACAGCGGAGUUACCCCGGCAUUGUUAGGAUCCUUCCCAGGAACGGUCAUAUUCUUUGGGACGUACGAAUAUAGCAAACGGCAUAUGCUGGAUGCGGGAAUUAACCCUUCCUUAGCGUAUCUUGCUGGAGGCUUCAUUGCGGAUCUUGCUGCUUCGUUUGUAUACGUCCCGUCAGAAGUUUUGAAGACUCGGUUACAACUUCAGGGUAGAUAUAACAACCCUUUCUUCAAGUCUGGUUACAAUUAUAGAUCGACAUUGGACGCAUUUCGAACAAUUAUAAAAGAAGAGGGAUUUUUUGCUUUGUACUCAGGAUUCAAAGCCACCCUCUUCCGAGACCUCCCGUUUUCUGCCCUCCAAUUCGCGUUCUACGAGCAGGAGCAAAAGUUUGCGAAAGAAUGCGUAGGGAGCAGAGAUAUCGGAUUACCGUUGGAGAUAUUAACGGCCACCAGCGCAGGCGGUAUGGCCGGAGUUAUAACAUGUCCUCUUGACGUUGUCAAGACACGAAUACAAACGCAACACUCUGAUUCGCUCUCGCAACACUCAAAACCCAGCAUUACCGACGUCAAGGCUGCGUUCCAGGAGUCAUCCAAACACGUGCACUCAUCCUCCACCCCGUCUUCUUCGGCGUCGCAUGCUCACCAGUCAAGAUUAAUAUCGACGUCAUCACCUUCUACAUCUACUGUCAAACCAGGGGCCCUAAUUUUAGAUACGUCUUCUGUGGUCACCGGAUUGAGGUUGAUUUACAAGACCGAAGGGUUCUUGGGCUGGUUCCGUGGCGUCGGUCCCCGAUUUCUCUGGACAAGUGUGCAAAGCGGCACUAUGCUUGUUCUCUACCAAUUCCUAUUGAAACAUAUGGAGAGUUACUGGGGUGUACGUGAGCUCAGCAGUGCGUCCUCGAUAUGAGGAGAAAUGAAUCUGGAUCACGGUGGGGUCUUGGACUAUUCUAGGUUGUUGGUGCGCAGACAUACAGCAGGGCGUUCUUCGGUGGUUUUUUUGCGGAGUGGGUUUAAGACAUGCAUAUCUGGGUUACGGAUUUAUAGAAAUUCCCGUUGUACAGUAUUAUCUCUGAUUUUUUGGAUCUUACAUAGAUGCAGACUCACAUAGACGAGAGUCGACCAGAGUCGGUAGUGGAGCGAUGCUCGACAUCGAACAUCGAUUCGCGUUUAGGCAUGGUGUUGCAACUUAGAUGCGAAUAAAAUCACCUCUUCAAUGUC